AUUGAAGCUGCUGAUUCAAAGAGUAACGUGUUGGUGUUCUUCAAGCUGCGACCUGAUGUAAUUACAGAAGACAACCUUCACAGUAAUAUUCUUGUGUCAUCUAUGCUAGACUCACCAAUCAACACCCUUUAUCAAACUGUACGACAAGUUUUUGCACCAGCGUUACUACAGGAUGAGAGAUGGAGUAAAACAUUUGAUCCCAAACUCCAGAAACUUUUAAGUGACCUUGAAUCUGGUUUGAGUACAGUUCUUAGAAGAUCAGAUCCUAAUUACACAGGAACAAAAUUCAGUGAAGAUGAUGUGCAAGCUAUCCUCACACCAACAGAUGAAUUUCAGUUCUGGGUAGAGUGUGCUCGUCAUGGAAGUAAAUGGUGUAGUAAAGAGCGAGCUUCCUAUUUUCAAGACCUAUUUGAGGACAUUGCAAAAGAUUAUCACAACUUGGAUAGUCUCUCAUUACUUGAAGUUGUGGAUUUGGUGGAGACUACCAAGGACACCGUAGAUAGUGUGUGGAGACAAACAGAACAUGAUCCUUAUCCACAGCCACGCAUGCAAAAUCUCUUGGAUGUAACAGGUGGCUCCUUAGGUAGAUGUGUUCAGAGAAAAUUAGCAGCUUUGAAUUUAUGGGAGGAUACAUUUCACAAGGUUAAAGAACAUCUAAAGGCUGGCAUCUUGAUUUGUGAGCAGUGGGUGUCAGCCUGUGAGUACCUAACAGGACACCUGUGGCAAUGUUAUACUCCACAUCCAUGGAAAAAGGAGAAAUAUUUCCCUGAAUCAUUAGCCAAAUUUGGCAAACGUCUUGAUGAGGUGCUGACUGUUAGAACACUGCAUGAAAAACUUACGCUUUUUUUGUCAGCUGGAGAACAAAAUUAUUUACAUCUUGCCCAAGUGUUUGAACCCUUUGCUGGCCUAAAUCCUGUACACUAUAAUCCUUACACAGAGCCAUUGUGGAAAGCAGCAGUCUCUCAGUAUGAAAGAAUUAUUGCACCAGCAGAACGAAAAAUAGCAAGCAAAUUGAAGAAAUUUAUUUCAGAAAUUCAGGACAGUCCUCAGCAGCUCUUUCAAACGUUUCAGAAAUACAAGGAACUGAUAAAGCAUCCAAAUAUAAGAAAAGAAUUGCUUUUUGAAAGGGAAACAUUGCUAGCAAGACUUCAAGAUUAUGUCAAAGACUAUCAGGCAGACUUUGAAACUCGAUGCCAAGGUGUUCCUGGUGAUGUUUCUGGACCACUGUCAGGCAAAAACCUUUCUGAGGUUGUCAAUAAUAUUGUAUGGGUACAGCAGCUGGAGCUGAAGGUGGAGGAUGCUAUCAAGCUGUCAGAGGCUCUUCUGUCUGACUUAUCUGGAUUUCAAACUUUCCAUCAAAGUGCACAUUCUUUCCUGGAACAAUUAAAAGUAUAUGAACAAGAGCAAUUUGAUGAUUGGUCUAGGAAUAUCCAGUCGGAAUUAUCAAAUCCCAAGUCAGGACUUUGCAUCCAAGCUAAUAGUCCUGUAAUGGAGUUGGAUCCCAAAUCUGGAACAUUAAACAUACUGUAUUCAGAUCGUUUGGUGACUCUCCUGAGGGAAGUACGUCAGCUGUCAGCACUUGGCUUUGCCAUACCAGCUAAAAUACAGCAUGCUGCAAACACUGCACAGAAGUUCUGUAAACAGGCAGUCAUCCUCAAACAGGUGGCACACUUUUAUAAUUCUAUUGAUCAACAAAUGAUUGAGAGUCAGAAGCCAAUGAUGUUACAAUCUGCUCUAGCAUUUGAACAGAUAAUUAAGCAUUCAAAAUCUGGUCCUGGAGGAAAAGCUCAAAUAACGUGGGAUAAUCCUAGAGAAUUGGAAGCAUAUAUUCAAAAACUCCAAGCUGCUGCUGAACGGCUUUCCACGGAAAAUAGAAAACUACGAAAGUGGCACACAAACUUCAUUGAAAAGGUUAUAUCGCUCAUGAAUAUUGAUCUGCUUCGGCAGCAGCAGCGUUGGAAAGAUGGUCUCCAGGAGCUCAGAACUGGUUUUGCCAGCCUCGAGUCACAGGGCUUCAAAUCGUGUGAUAUGAAAGCUUGGAGACAGCACUGGAAUCAUCAACUUUACAAGGCUUUGGAGCAUCAGUAUCAAAUGGGCUUAGAAGCACUGAAUGAGAAUUUACCAGAAAUAAAUAUUGAUCUAACAUUCAAGCAAGGCCAGUUGCAAUUCAGACCUCCUUUUGAAGAAGUGCGAGCUAGGUAUUACAGAGAAAUGAAGAGAUUCAUCUCCAUUCCACAUCAGUUUAGGGGAGUAAGUGAAGCAGAGGAAAAGUCUAUAUUCACUGUUAUGACAGAAAGAAAUGCAAAUGGAUUCCUGACUGCUUUCAGUAAAGCAGAGGAUUUGUUCAGAAGGCUGUCAGACAUUUCUAAUCAAUUCAAGGACUGGAUCGUAAUUGGCCAAGUAGAUAUGGAAACUCUGGUGGAGACACAUCUGUCUAGCAAACAGGACUGGGAAAAAAACUUCAAAGCAUUAAAAGUGAGAGGGAAAGAAGCAGAACGUCUUCCAAGCACCAUCAGAAUAGAUUGUUUAACUGUUAAUUGCAACCCUGUGAAAACUGUAAUUGAUGAUUUCAUCCAGAAGUUGUAUGAUGUUCUUGUCAUUUCUUUGAGAAAAUCUAUUCAAGCUCACCUAUGUGAUGUUUCUUCAUUUCUCACUGAUGCCAUGGAAACAUUAGUGAUUAGGCCACAGACUGUAGAGGAAAUAGCAGAAGACAAUUUGAAAUACUUAAACCUACAGGAACGAAAAGAAGGG